AUGUUACUCAAAGUGGUGACCUUGACAGGAGACGAGCGCAUGCUAGACGUGGAGCCCACUGACAAAAUCCUGACCAUCAAGGAAAAGCUGGAAGAAAAAGAGGGGAUACCGCCCGAACAGCAGAGGCUGGUUUUCCAAGGAAAGCAGCUGAAAGACGAUAAAACUGUGAACAGCUACAAGCUGAAAGGUGGUACCGUUCUCCAUCUGGUAGUAGCCUUGAGAGGAGGCCAAGAAAAUUAUGAAAACGUUGAAUAUGAUUUAUAUCGCAAAUCGUACUACGUAAGUCCUGACGAUCAAGGAAAAGCUAGAAGAGAAAUAUGGGAUACCUCCCGAAUAUCAGAGGCUGGUUUUCCAAGGAAAACAGGUGAAAGACGGCAUGACAGUGAACAAAGCUACAAGCUGAAAGGCGGUACUGAUGUGCUUCAUUUGGUAGAAGAGGAGAAGAGCCCUGAGAGGAGGCCAAGUAAAGGCCAAGAAAAUUAUUGA